AUACAUCCGGCGUCCGUGAUAAGAGGUGGAGAAGUUCGAGGAGUGUCCAAAAAAGGGAGGGUGACAGGUGACACAUGCCCAAAACGAUGCCGGGAAACAGCAGGCAGCCAGAGAACUGGGAGCCGAAACAAGGACGCUGCUGAGCGGCUGAGCGCACCGGGCAGGAAGGUGUUUCCUCGGCAGAGAUCCGUCCUGUCCACCCGGGACUUUAUAACCCCCUGCACAUCACGGAGCGGGGCAACAUGUGUAACCCAGACCACCCUGUAGUAAAUUAGUCUUGAGGCAGUUGGGUAUUUCUCCAGAUCAUUUCCAGCAGCCCGUGGCGCUGUGAAGGAGCGCCGUGCGCCCUGCAGAUCCGAGGAAUCCGCUCUUUAAUUAUUAAUAGAAAAUUGGCCUACUGGCAAGAUGAGGGACAACGUUGAGCUUGUAGCACUUUUGCUGGGUUUUGUUGGCUGGAUAUUGGUUUACGUAUCUCUCCAGGAUGAGUAUUGGAAAGAAUCCACAACAGAGGGGAGCGUAAUUGUCACCUCCACUAUCUAUGAAAACCUCUGGGUGUCCUGUGCCAGCGAGGACACGGGGAUCUUUAACUGUCGGGAUUUCCCAUCCAUUUUUGCGCUCCCAGGGUACAUCCAGGCCUCCCGAGCGCUGAUGAUUUCCUCCAUCGUGUUUGGAGCAUUUGGUCUCUUGGCCGCUCUCGCUGGGAUGCAGUGCUCGAAAGUAUGUGGUGAAAACUACGUCCUGAAGGGGAGGAUCGCAGCGAUCGGAGGAAUCUUCUUUUUAUUGCAAGGACUUUGCACCAUGAUCGCCAUCUCCUGGUACGCAGCCAACAUCACCCAGGAGUUCUACGACCAGUUUUAUGCCGGGACCAAGUAUGAGAUCGGACAGGGCCUCUACAUCGGCUGGGGUUCAGGUGUGUUCGCCAUCUGUGGAGGUUCCUGCCUGUUGUGUUCCUGCAGGAUGGAUUCAACCAGUGAAAAAGUCGCGUACCCGUACCAGCCGAGCUCCAGAGGACACGUCCUGUCUGCUGUCCCGACGUCCCAGAGAGCGCCGAGCAACUACGACAGAAACGCUUACGUCUGAGAGGUCACCGAGCCGGCCGGGUCGAAUCGCUCGAUUCAUUCUGCUUCAAGGGAUCAUAACGAGUUAAAUGUUGUACAUAUGUUAACAAUAAUGAAAACAGUAUCCUGAUUUGAUUUGUAAAUCUUCUUUAUGGAGUAUCGCAUAUCGCAGAAAUGUAUCUUGUAUAGCUUUGUAAUGUUCAAAAGGUUCAUUUUCUUCUUUAUUCUAACAACUGUUUAUUUAAUUGUGACAGCAGUUUUAAAGUUUUGAGAAUAAAACUUCUGUAUUCCUGUUGUUAGUCCGAGGACCAGAGAUAUGCAACUGUCAGGACUUUUUAAUGCUCUGAGCCUUUUACAUCUAUCUUACCUUCUGUAUGAACGUUUAUUUAGGGGUUUUUAGUUUUUUUCAGGUUUUUGUAUUUUAUUAUGUACUGAGGUUGUUUUAAAUGUGCUUUAUAAAUAGACUUGACUUGAUAAAAGGUUGACAAAGUACAAAAGGUUCUUUUUAAAUGAUGCCAUUGCUCUUUCUUCACGUUUUGGUUGAGUGAGAUUAACAUUGUAUACUUUAAAAUUACCGUGGGAUGAAUGAUCCUCCAGCUCCUUUUUCAGAAAAGUGAUAACAAGUUCAAACAGCCCGUCGCCUCGUUGAGAGAAGCUUCAGCAGUCUACAUGACGAGUAAGCUGGCUGGUGUUAAAGGGAAUAUAGCUUUAAUCAAAUGCUUUUUCUGAACAUGAGUUCUUUGAAAUAAAUCAGAUUUUAUAACA